AUGUCCGCUGGAGACGAAGAUUACUACAACGAAGAUCCCUACGGGUACGAAGAUGAAAACUCGCCGAUCACCGCUGAGGACUCCUGGGCAGUAAUAUCUGCAUUCUUUCGGGAGAAAGGUUUGGUUUCGCAGCAGUUGGACUCCUUCAAUCAGUUUGUGGAUUACACUUUGCAGGAUAUCAUCUCGGAAGAUUCGACUUUGAUCCUAGAACAGUUGGCACAGCAUACUACAGAGUCUGAUAACAUCAGUAGAAAAUAUGAAAUCAGUUUCGGGAAGAUUUACGUGACAAAACCGAUGGUUAAUGAGUCUGACGGUGUCACUCACGCGUUGUAUCCUCAGGAAGCACGUCUGCGUAACUUGACUUAUUCGUCCGGGUUGUUCGUUGACGUUAAGAAGAGAACACACGAAGCUGUGGAUAUCCCUGGAAGAGAAUUGAAGUAUGAACUGAUUGCCGAGGAAUCAGAGGAUGAUAACGAAAGCGGCAAAGUAUUUAUCGGUCGUUUACCCAUCAUGCUGAGGUCCAAAAAUUGUUACCUGAGCGACGCCACUGAAUCCGACCUGUACAAGCUUAAAGAAUGUCCCUUUGAUAUGGGUGGUUAUUUCAUUAUCAACGGUUCUGAAAAAGUUUUAAUCGCCCAAGAGCGUUCGGCAGGUAACAUUGUGCAAGUUUUCAAAAAGGCGGCGCCUUCACCUAUUUCACAUGUCGCAGAGAUCAGAUCGGCGCUCGAGAAGGGCUCCAGAUUCAUCAGUACUUUGCAAGUUAAGCUCUACGGUCGUGAAGGAAGUUCGGCACGCACCAUCAAGGCGACACUUCCGUACAUCAAACAAGACAUUCCCAUUGUUAUCAUCUUUAGGGCUUUGGGCAUUAUACCCGAUGGUGAAAUUCUCGAGCACAUCUGCUACGAUGUCAAUGAUUGGCAGAUGCUGGAAAUGUUGAAGCCGUGUGUUGAAGAUGGUUUCGUUAUUCAGGAUCGUGAAACUGCACUGGAUUUCAUUGGCCGUCGUGGUACAGCCUUAGGCAUUAAGAAGGAAAAGAGAAUCCAAUACGCAAGAGAUAUAUUACAGAAGGAGUUUCUACCGCAUAUCACUCAAUUGGAAGGUUUCGAAAGUAGGAAGGCCUUCUUCCUCGGUUAUAUGAUCAAUCGUUUAUUGCUUUGUGCAUUAGAUCGUAAGGAUCAAGAUGAUCGUGACCACUUCGGUAAGAAAAGAUUGGAUCUGGCUGGUCCAUUGUUAGCCCAACUUUUCAAGACUCUUUUCAGGAAACUGACGAAGGAUAUUUUCCGUUACAUGCAAAGAACCGUCGAAGAAGCUAAGGACUUCAAUAUGAAGUUAGCUAUCAACGCAAAGACAAUAACGUCGGGUUUGAAGUAUGCUUUAGCAACAGGUAACUGGGGUGAACAAAAGAAGGCGAUGUCUUCUAGAGCAGGUGUCUCUCAAGUGUUGAAUCGUUAUACUUACUCAUCGACUCUUUCUCACUUAAGAAGAACAAAUACCCCUAUUGGUAGGGAUGGGAAACUAGCAAAACCUCGUCAACUACAUAAUACUCACUGGGGGUUGGUCUGUCCCGCUGAGACACCGGAAGGUCAAGCUUGUGGCUUAGUCAAGAACUUAUCUUUGAUGUCCUGCAUCUCGGUCGGUACAGAUCCAAUGCCAAUCAUCACCUUUUUAAGUGAAUGGGGUAUGGAGCCGUUAGAGGAUUAUGUUCCUCAUCAAUCUCCAGACGCUACCAGAGUUUUCGUGAAUGGUGUUUGGCAUGGUGUUCACAGAAACCCAGCAAGAUUAAUGGAGACUCUGCGGACCUUGAGGCGGAAAGGUGAUAUCAAUCCAGAAGUCUCAAUGGUCAGAGAUAUCCGUGAAAAAGAGCUGAAGAUUUUUACCGAUGCUGGUAGAGUGUAUAGACCUCUAUUCAUUGUGGAGGACGAUGAAGCCCUUGGUCAGAAGGAGCUAAAGGUUAGGAAGGGCCAUAUCGCGAAGUUAAUGGCGACUGAAUAUCAAGAUAUCGAGGGUGGUUUCGAAGAUUCAGAGGAAUACACUUGGUCAUCAUUAAUCAACGAAGGCUUAGUUGAGUACAUUGAUGCUGAAGAAGAGGAGACAAUCUUGAUCUCUAUGCAACCCGAGGAUUUAGAGCCUGUUCAAGAGACUCCAGAGUUCGAUGAAGACGACGAUUUGGCUAGACGUAUUAGAGCUACUCAACAUGCGACGACAUUCACACAUUGUGAGAUCCAUCCUUCAAUGAUCCUUGGUGUUGCAGCGUCAAUUAUUCCUUUCCCUGAUCAUAAUCAAUCCCCACGUAAUACCUAUCAAUCUGCUAUGGGUAAGCAAGCCAUGGGUGUCUUCUUGACCAAUUAUAAUGUUCGUAUGGAUACGAUGGCGAACAUUUUAUAUUAUCCACAAAAGCCUCUAGGGACAACUCGUGCUAUGGAAUACCUGAAGUUCAGAGAAUUACCGGCCGGUCAAAAUGCUAUUGUAGCCAUCGCAUGCUAUUCUGGUUAUAAUCAAGAAGAUUCCAUGAUCAUGAACCAAUCAUCCAUCGAUCGCGGCCUCUUCAGAUCUCUCUUCUUCCGAUCUUACAUGGACCAGGAGAAGAAGUACGGUAUGUCCAUUACGGAGACCUUUGAGAAGCCACAACGUACCAACACCUUAAGAAUGAAGCACGGUACUUAUGACAAGUUGGAUGACGAUGGGUUAAUAGCGCCCGGUGUCAGAGUGUCCGGUGAAGACAUCAUCAUCGGUAAGACCACUCCUAUCUCCCCCGAUGAAGAAGAAUUGGGUCAGAGAACUGCAUAUCAUUCGAAGCGUGAUGCUUCGACACCUUUGAGAAGUACUGAAAAUGGUAUUGUUGAUCAAGUUUUGAUUACAACCAAUCAAGAUGGUCUUAAGUUCGUCAAAGUACGUGUCAGAACCACUAAAAUUCCUCAAAUUGGUGAUAAGUUCGCAUCGCGUCAUGGUCAGAAAGGUACUAUUGGUAUCACUUACGGAAGGGAGGACAUGCCCUUCACCGCAGAAGGCAUUGUCCCUGAUUUGAUCAUCAACCCUCACGCUAUUCCUUCUCGUAUGACAGUUGCGCACUUGAUCGAGUGUUUGCUGAGUAAGGUCGCAGCACUGUCUGGUAAUGAAGGUGAUGCAUCACCAUUCACAGAUAUCACAGUGGAAGGUAUAUCAAAGCUUCUGCGCGAGCACGGUUACCAAUCUCGUGGCUUUGAGGUCAUGUAUAAUGGUCACACCGGUAAGAAACUAAUGGCUCAAAUUUUCUUCGGACCAACGUAUUACCAACGUCUGAGACAUAUGGUCGAUGACAAGAUCCACGCAAGAGCUCGUGGACCAAUGCAAGUCUUGACGAGACAGCCAGUGGAAGGUAGAUCCAGAGACGGUGGUUUGAGAUUCGGCGAAAUGGAACGUGACUGUAUGAUAGCGCAUGGUGCUGCAGCCUUCUUGAAGGAAAGACUAAUGGAGGCUUCAGACGCAUUUAGGGUACAUAUCUGCGGCAUUUGUGGGUUAAUGAGUGUCAUCGCCAAAUUGAACCAUAAUCAGUUUGAGUGUAGGGGCUGUGACAACAAGAUCGACAUCUAUCAAAUUCAAAUUCCUUACGCGGCGAAACUGCUCUUCCAGGAGCUAAUGGCCAUGAACAUCACUCCUCGUUUGUACACUGAUAGAUCAAAAGAUUUUUAA